AUGACGGGCUCUCCAGCCUCACUUGAAUCAUUGAGCUCGCCCUCUCCAUCACCACCGCCCCAAGAAGAUUCGGGCGCCGGCUUGGAUGCCGAGUCCGAGCUAUCAGAGCUUACAGACGAUGAGCUCGUCCAGGAGUCUCAGUCGCCCAAAAAGAAGACUAAGACAUUCAUUGACGGAGAUGCUGAAGAUGGUUCACGUCGUCGGCAGCCCCGUCGCGGAGGAAGAAAAAAGCGUGGCGGCCUGGUCCCUGCCCCGAUGUGGGACUGGGCAUACAAAUCGAAGAACUUGAACUCAAAUUCAAAUUCAAAGAGUGAAGGAAGUGCUACACCCGGCGUUGAGGAAGAGGAAGAAGAAGAGAUGGCUGGCCCGCCUCGAGCUAUGGAGGAGGAAGAGGAUGACGAGAAUGAGGAUGACCCGAGGGACGACCUCGACGGCGACAGCCCCGACGGGGAUGCCGACGCUGAUGAGCCUCUUGACGAUGUCGGCGUACUUGUCAAUGGACGUGCAAAAGAUUAUGACGAUGAGAGCGGUGCUGCUGAUCCGCAAAAUUCCACUUCUAAUUCGGCAGUGGACGAAGAACCAGAGCCCUAUGCCUCUGACGAAGAUGAACUGGCACUUGUCCCUCCAAAGCGCCGUCGCCUCGAUGACCUUACAACUUCUCCUCCAAAGCGUCGUAGCCUCCUUGCCCUCUCAAAUGGAUUACUUGAAGGAGAAGCCGAUGGAGAUGAUGAUGACGAUCCUCCCGCCCUCAACGACCACGAAAACGACACCGAAUCUGAGGACAAUGACAGGCCUCCAGAUGCGGGCUUGGACGUAGACAUGGAUAACGAGGCAGAGCCACCCUCAGCACCGGUCAAGGCAGUCACAACUGUUCCAUUGAUUCCCAUUGACAUUACAGCUCCACUGCCAGCGUCCGUCGCGCCCAUCGCAGCUGCCGCUGCCUCACACUCAAUCAUGGCAGGUUCAACAGUCAUUCACCCGCCAUCUCCCACACCGUCUGCAUCUUCUGUGUCUGGGUCCCGCUCACCCUCCUCUUCGCGUUCUCCGUCGCCCAAACCUGAGAACGGCAGACCACACCGUAAGAGCAAACGAGGCAAGAAGGACAAGGAUGAAGACUGCGACACCGCGACACUAACAGCUCCAGACGCUGAGUCCGCUCUCCUUGAAGCAGAGGUGGAUGAUGAAUUAGACAUGGAAAUGGAGUUGGAAUUGCAGCCCGCUCACCGUGCCGAAGCUCUGGAUGUGCUUGCGACUAUCGAGCUGAAAUUUGCACUAUUGAGGGAGAAGGUGUAUGUCGAGAAAAUGGAGGGACUCGCGUGGGAGGAGGCAUUGGUUUCCGAGGGAGCACACCCAGAGCUUAUACAUCUGCAAGCCGAACUGAACAAACGUCGCGACAAACGUCUUGCUCUUGCUUGCAGAAAGCGCGUGUAUGAGGUUGUAUCCGCCAACAAACGGCGGAGGACAAACGAAGACGCGGUCUGGAGUUGGUGGAAGGUCGCGCGAGAUGACCUGCAAACAGAGAUGAUUGCUGAGACCAACCGUAAACGCCGUAAGUUGGAGCGCGAGCGCAGAGCUAUCGAGAGACCUCAACCUCUGCGCCGUAUUCCUAACGCAAUCCCUGAUCCGCCUCCCGCACCUACUAUUCGUCAAAUUGCACAGAUAUUGCCUCUCACAACUUCCCGACGCCACAUGCUUGCGACUGCAUACCCCGACUUGAACGCCCUCCCUCAAGCAGAUGCGGCUGCAGACCUCGAUUUCCUGCAUCAGCACCGUAUGAUGAAUGCGCGCAUGGUCAUGGGCCCAAUGUAUGGCGCGCCUUCCAUGGAUGCUCUAGCAUUUCAUGGUGGCCCAGACGUGCGCAUGCCACCUCCGCCCCCGCCAUCUGUAUUUCAACAACCCAGCCAGGGGUACCCAUUGGGUGCACCAGGACGCCUACAGCGAUUGCCUUCUGGACCUGCCCCAGCACAGUAUGAUAGCCUUCCUCCUCCCGCAUACGGCCCAGGAAUGCCGCCGCCACCGCCUCCUCCUCACUCAGAACAACAAUUCUUGAAUGUGGCACAUGAUACAACGCGAUUUGCAAUGCCCAAGCCAGCGGGUGGGAUGGAUUGGAACAUAGGAGCAGAAGGACGACGCCGUGAGGAAGAACUGGAUCGUGAACACCACCAUCGGCACCCGCACCAUACGCAUGCCCCACCACAUCAUCAUGUUGGUGGUCACCACCAUCACCGUCACCACCACCACGUGGUGCAUCACCACCACCCGCCCGAGCCGCAGCCGCAAUCGCAAUCGCAGCCAGAAAUAGUUAAUCAUAAGCAGCAGCACUGGAAUAAACAUGGGAGUCGUCCGUCAUCCACUCAUCCACCAUAUGAAGAACGUGACCGACCUGUUGCGACGCCAUUUGUAUUGGCGCCGUCGCAUAAUAGUAUUGCAGGCUCGACUUCGGGUCCUGGAUUGCCAAGCGGUCCUGCGCCAUCGCCAAGGCAUGGCUGGAUGCAUCAGGAUGACCGGGAGCGCCCACCCCCAUUCCAAGCUCCACCAGACCGCUACCAUUCCCCUGGACCUCAUCGGUACGCAGGACCUUCGUCGAGUCACCCUCCACAUCCACAAUCUGCCCUAUCCCGCCAAAAUUCAUCAGGAGUUUCCCCACCUCGCGCCCGACCCCUCCCUCCCAGUCCGUCGUCAAUACCACACCCUGGGUUGCGUUCGCCGUCACGCUUUGAGCCUCAUGCGUCUACGGCUAGUAGCCCAGUGAUGAAGUCCAGGCGACCACUGUCUCCACCUCCGAUGUCUUCGUCAAAGCUUGGUAUGCCGCCUAUUGGUCCAGCAUCUGGGUUUUCUCCUCGUCUCGCGGGUCCCGGAGCACCGCCUAGAGAGAUGGAGGGUGGUAUGAAUAGUGUCGCAUCGUUAUUUGGUGGGGGAAGCAGAACGGCUUCCCCCCUCAUUUCAUACUCGCCAGCGACUCAAGGUCCACGACCUGCUUCGUCGAAGGUGAAUGCUAUACAAAUAGUAGAUGGACCCUAA